UCCCUGCUUGUUUUCUCCGGUGACGGGAGGAGAGUGGAUCCGGUCUGCGCGGGAGUCUGGCGCUCGGCGUGGAGGGGCAGCGAGGUUUCGCGCCGCGGGUCUGAGCCGUUUCGUUGGCGGCCGAAAUCGCGGAGAAACCGAAAGGCAGCCGCGCCGCUCCGCGCCGCUCCCCGCCGCUUCGCUCAGGCUGCGAAAAGCCGAGUCGCCAGUGAACUGAGCUGGAAUUUUUUAGUGCAGCAAGUAUUUAUUUGAAAAAUAACUCAGAAGGAAUUAAGGAUGAGUAAGAGCAAAGAUGAUGCACCUCAUGAACUGGAGAGCCAGUUUAUCAUACGAUUUCCCCCCGAAUAUGCCGCUACUGUGAGGAGGGCAGUGCAGUCUGGACACGUCAACCUGAAAGACAGACUAACUAUUGAAUUACAUCCCGAUGGCCGUCAUGGAAUUGUCAGAGUGGAUCGAGUUCCAUUGGCCUCAAAAUUGGUAGAUUUGCCUUGUGUUAUGGAAAGCUUAAAAACUAUUGAUAAAAAAACCUUUUACAAGACAGCCGAUAUCUGUCAGAUGCUUGUAUCCACAGUAGAUGGUGAUUUAUACCCUCCGGUGGAGGAACCGGUUGCCACUGCUGAUCCCAAAGCCAGCAAGAAAAAAGAUAAGGACAAAGAGAAAAAGUUUGUUUGGAACCAUGGAAUUACUCUACCUCUUAAAAAUGUCAGAAAAAGAAGGUUCCGGAAGACCGCAAAGAAAAAGUAUAUCGAAUCUCCAGACGUAGAAAAAGAAGUGAAGCGGCUGCUGAGUACAGAUGCAGAAGCUGUCAGUACUCGUUGGGAGAUAAUUGCUGAAGAUGAAACGAAGGAGACAGAAAACCAAGGCCUUGAUAUCGCCUCUCCAGGAAUGUCUGGCCGCAGGCAGGGCCAUGACUCCUUAGAACACGAUGAGCUUCGAGAGAUAUUCAAUGACCUCAGCAGCAGCAGUGAGGAUGAAGAAGAUGUAAACAUCAUUGAUACUGAGGAAGAUCUGGAGAGACAGCUACAAGACAAGCUAAAUGAAUCAGAUGAACAGCCCCAGGAAAACAAAGGAACUAAUCAGUUGGUUAUGGGGAUUCAGAAACAGAUUGAUAACAUGAAAGGCAAGCUCCAAGAGACCCAAGACAGGGCAAAGCGCCAGGAGGAUCUCAUCAUGAAAGUAGAAAACCUGGCUCUCAAGAACAGGUUUCAGGCUGUUCUGGAUGAACUCAAACAAAAGGAAGACCGGGAAAAGGAGCAGCUUAGCUCUUUGCAAGAAGAGCUAGAAUCACUUCUAGAGAAGUGAGAAUGUUGAUUUGAAUUCUUAGAUUAGUCAGCUUGAGAAAUAUUUUCAUAGUAAGAUCUCAUAGUUCUUAUUUCCUAUAAUGCUAAGAGUUUUGUUGAUUUUUUUUUUUCCCUCAGAACCAGUGUGCUGGGUUUUCAUUCUUGAAGUAGGAUUACAUAGGCAGGUUUAUUGUGAGAAAGUUGUAUGUAAGAUGAGUGAAAAGAAUACUUGAGCUUCAAUCACUUCACCAUAGGAUUUUUUUUUACUGUAGUGUGUUUCCCAGAAGUUUCUAUUCCUUUUAUUUGGUGCUAAGAUGAGUAAGAAGCUAACCUACAGGCAGUGAAGUAAGUUCCUGUGUUUGUUGUUUAUUUUUUAAAAUCUGUUAAUCAUCUCUUUCUCUAGAUGUCCAGAUAGACAGACAUAUAGACAUAUAAACAGAUAAUAGCUAUUAGCUCCUCAGAAAGUUUCCAUGUUAUAGAAAUGCAAGUUAUUUCAUAAAGUUGUUUCUUAUACAAUUAAAGCUGCUAAUUUUCACGUUAUAA